AGUAGCAAUUAGAACUAAUAAAUACAAUUGUUUUUGUCUCUGCAGAAUGUCAUUCGUGUCCGCGUACUGGAGGCAGAAGAUUUAGCCUCACGCGGAUUUAUAGCGAAGAGGUUCCGACCCUACGUGGUUGUAAGUGGGGCAGGCAAGAAAGGAAAGACCAAAUUAGCCAAGAGAAGCCUGAACCCAUCAUGGAACCAAGCAUAUGAGAUGAUAUUUACGGAUCUUCCCCUUCAGAAGGUCAAGUUUGACCUCUAUUAUCGCGAAGUGGGAAAAUCGAAACUUUACGGCAGCUGCCAAUUCAGUGUAGAGAAACUGAUGGAACAGGACGUCGUCGAUACGUGGCUGCCAUUGGAGAAUGCCGAAUCAGGGAGGCUCCACGUCAGGAUGGAAAGCAUCAGCGCUGUGCCAGAUGCCGCUAUGCUUGAUGAGGUAUUACCCACAAUCCCCUUCUCUGGCUGUUUGGGCAAUGCUUGGCUCUUCUUUGGCAUUUCUAACAUUUUUGUGUUUUUUUCAGAUCCUGAUGGUGAAUAAGAUCACCCGGCCCAUUCAGAUUAAAGAAUUUGCAUCUACUAUGCUCUUUGUACAUGUCCAAAAGGGCAAGCAGCUCCGGCUGAACAAUAGCGAGGAGAAACCAACAGCCAGAGUAGAGCUGAAGAUCCGGGACGCCAAGCGGAAGACUAAGUUCCGCGUAGAUACCAGGUCCCCGGAGUGGAAGCAGAGAUUCAGCUUCCCAUUAAAGGACCCAAGGAAUGAGGUGUUAGAGGUUCUGGUGAAAGACAAGGCAAAUGGGCAGAUGGGAACAAUGGCCGUUCCCCUGUCCAACCUGAUCACAGCACAGGGCCUAACCAUGGAAGGCUGGCUUAAGCUGCAUCCGACCGAGCCUUGUGGUGCCGUGUGGAUAAAGCUGGAGUUAAGGAUUCUUGUUCCUCCAAACUCUGGAGCAGAAUUUGUCGACUCUUAAGCGCCACAAAAACAAUUACUACAAAGAGUAGAGAAGCAGAGCAUUGUGGGAUGGAGGGAGAGGAUGGCUUCUCUACAGAGCAGGGAGGCUGGAAGUCCCACACUGAACCUUCCAGCUCUUCCCUACUCAACUAUCUACUUUGAAGAACUUCUGGAAGAGGCCAAGACCUACAAAGAGUAGAGAAGCAAUACAUUGUGGGAAGGAGGGAGAGGAUGGCUUCUCUACAGAGCAGGGAGGCUGGAAGUCCCACACUGAACCUUCCAGCUCUUCCCUACUCAACUAUCUACUUUGAAGAACUUCUGGAAGAGGCCAAGACCUACAAAGAGUAGAGAAGCAAUACAUUGUGGGAAGGAGGGAGAGGAUGGCUUCUCUACAGAGCAGGGAGGCUGGAAGUCCCACACUGAACCUUCCAGCUCUUCCCUACUCAACUAUCUACUUUGAAGAACUUCUGGAAGAGGCCAAGACCUAUAAAGAGUAGAGAAGCAAUACAUUGUGGGAUGGAGGGAGAGGAUGGCUUCUCUACAGAGCAGGGAGGCUGGAAGUCCCACACUGAACCUUCCAGCUCUUCCCUACUCAACUAUCUACUUUGAAGAACUUCUGGAAGAGGCCAAGACCUACAAAGAGUAGAGAAGCAAUACAUUGUGGGAUGGAGGGAGAGGAUGGCUUCUCUACAGAGCAGGGAGGCUGGAAGUCCCACACUGAACCUUCCAGCUCUUCCCUACUCAACUAUCUACUUUGAAGAACUUCUGGAUAGAGGCCAAGACCUUUAUAGCCACCUAGUGGCCUAUGUAUAAUAAAGUAAUAAUAAUAAAAUGUAUUUUAA